AUGAUUUUGGGGGAUUUGUUUGGAAUUCAGCGUAAAUCAGAACCCAAAGUUGUUCUUAUGAUGCGUUUAUUAACGUUACUUUUAAUUUCAUUAUGGAUGUUGAUAAUUGAUGCGAAAAAUGAACUUCCUACGAUUAAAACUUCGGACGUUCAAUUUGAUCGCAGGACCGAAAAAGAAACUUGUAUGAGAUAUGUGAUUUCUCCACAAUAUAAUAAAGGGGCAUACCGAGGAUAUUUUUCUUUAAAUGAUAAUUCAACUUUAUUUACUUUUCCUAAACUUAAUGAAGAACGGUUACAUAGUUUAACAUUACAAAUGGUGGCCGAUUUUAAUACUUCCUAA